AUGUUUCUGGAAACCGUACUUUAUGGUGUUCUUCUUUUCUCACUGGGUUUCGCAAUGAUGCCUGCACAUGCUUGUCCGGGAGGCCAAGAUGUUUCCGCUGCAAUUUUAGCCGAUUUGACUCUAUUUUCUGAAUAUUGCGCUGCAGCUACUUGUGCAGCAAACUUUAACUCAAAAGGGACAGGGGUUGUAUGCGAUCCAGGUGUAUGCCCGACCCUAGAGCAGACAGAGACAACCAUCAUAACUGGAUUCAAGGGACUUAAUCCGGGUGACACCACUGGCUUCCUAGCACUUGAUAGGACCAAUAAGCUGAUCGUUCUGUCAUUCCGGGGCACCCGAACGCCAGGAAACAUCAUCACAGAUCUUGAAUAUCAGCAGGUGCCUAUCGAUGAAAUUAUUUGUCCAAAUUGCCAAGUUCAUCGUGGUUUCUAUUACGCCUGGGGGAACUUCUCACAAUUCAUAAUGCCGUCUAUCGACCAUGUAGCUGCUGAAUAUCCAGAUUACAGUAUCGUUUUUACUGGUCACAGUCUUGGAGGCGCCCUUGCUACAUUUGGGGCAGUACUUGAAGGAAGUGCCAACAGACCCAUCGGUCUCUAUACUUUUGGAUGUCCUCAACUGGGGAAUUAUAGUUUUUCUGAAUUUGUCACUGGUCAAACAUUAGACACCGGAUGGAGGGUGACUCAUACCGAUGAUCCGGUGCCUAGAAUCCUAUCUACGACUGCUAUGGUCAACAAGACCUGGCAGUAUAGUACAACAUCCCCAGAAUACUGGAUUACCUCACCUAAUGGCGCACCAGUCACAACCACUGAUAUCCAGGUGAUUGUGGGCAUUGAUAACAAAUCUGGGAACCUCGGCCAAACCACAUUUGAUCUCGCAGCCCAUAAUUGGUACAUUGGGAACAUGAGUGGGUGUUCAAUGAAGUAA